AUGGCACCGCCGUGUAGUCUGCAAUUGCCCACCAGAGCCAGAUCUCCACGUUGGCAGUCUCCUAAUCCAGGUGUCUUUGAGUGGGAUCUCACAGGAAGCAUCAACUGCAGGUCAGCUGCACUUCGCGAAUUCCCUGGUCUAAUCACUGACAAGGACACUGCAGUUCCUUCCAGGUCUGCAACAGCCGUGUGUGAUCAAGUUUCGGGCAGGAAUGCCACAGUCCCUCUGUAUCCAGCAUUGUCUGUCAGCCUUGUUUGGGGCUCAGCAUAUCAGGAAACAAGUCAAAGACACAGCAAGUCACUUUCCUACCAGGAAGGCAGCCGGCUUGAUCCAUACCAUCACAGCACCCAGGGACCUCUGCUAGCUGGAAAAUUCGGGCCCUCCCUGCAGUCCUACGGGAGUAGGGCACUUGCCCAACAACCAGGGACAGUCAUGGUGCUAAAGGUGAUUCAGCCCACAGAUGUCCAACCACCUGUCUGCACCUCUACAAACUACCACCCAGUGCCCGCUGAGCAUUCAAAGCCUCCGGAAGCAUAUGGGAUCUCGAAAGAAAACCAAAUCCCAUCACUCCUUCCUUUGGUGACCCUUAACGUUCAGCAGCCUCUGUCCUGCUUUUAUGCUGACAGCCAAAAGCAGAGGCCUGUAUCGUACAACACCAGCAUGGGAAAGAACAGCCUGAGUGUGGACAAGCAAGAGGCACAUGAAAAUUUGGUUGACUCUAGCACUGUGUUUGCUGACAAAAGUACUCUGGUGCCAGAUACUCACCAUCCCCACCUGCUCACCUCUCUUAGAGGACUGCACCAGUUCCAAGAUCCCAUCCUGCUUGACGGAGCUCCUCGGGGAAAAAUCCAUCACCAUGGCCCAGGAUGCCCGGGACAAGGAGAAGUCGCUGAAGGCAGUGCUGGGACCGGCGAUAGGCCAUCUGAGAAGACAGCCAGACACAGCUCGGGCUCAGCUCAGAAACCUCCCUCCAGCAGGUCUACCAUAACAAAUGGUCCCUGGCAGGAGAAGUCCAAAAGACGUAGGGAAAAUAACACCAAGAAAAGUGCAGAGCAAAAGCAGGCAAGGACCAGAGUCAAGUCAGAAGAGAAGCCAGCCAACUCAAAGAGGAAGAGGAAGAGGAAUCCACCAGAGCUCAGCAAGGAGAGUUUUAAAAAGCCAAGAACACACCUGAGCACGCACAUGCUGGAGUCAGUGCAGGUCUUUGACGCACUGGGGAAGAGGAGUGACAGAAAGGCCAGGCUCUCCACAUCUAGUGCUGUGGAAAACUGUGGCAGCACCACAGAGCUGAGGCCAUGCCCAGCCAUCACAUCACAGCUGGGCAUCCCAUGUGAGGGGAAAGUUCCUGGGAAAACCCAAGGCCCAGGCCAGAACUCAGAGAGUGAUACUGAAAAGGGGGGUUUAGCUCCAUCCAUAGACAAGCUGCCCCCUCCAGGGAAGCUCAAGUUAGUGCCUCUGCCUUUCCUAACCCUGGACGAGCCUCAAGUACGAGCUGCGGUUCCGAGGCCACUGUCCCUGGCUUCAAGCAGGUCCCGCGCAGCUUAUCCGGCCAGGCCUCACCCCAUAUCAACUCAGCUUAUAACAGUCAAUGCAUCUCAAUCAGCUCCUUCCAGCACAUGUCUGGUGAGUCCUACCAAACCAGUUCCCACAAUUUCUGUCAGUGCCACCAGACCCAGUGGGAGAAACUCCACCCAGUCCGGCACUGUCUCUCAUGUGGAUGCUGCCAGGCCUGCACCGUACAAAACAUCAUCUCACAGGCCUCUGCAGAAGAAGCCCGUUUCAGCUGCUCUGACCAAGGACACGUCACCUCCCAAGAAUCAAUCCCAGUAUCUCCUACAAGACUUCAGCUGCCAACCAAUUCCAUGGAGGAAAGUGAACAUUCCUGGACCACUCAUAUCACAUCCCAUCACAACAGCACAGAGGCCAGAGCGGGAAGCCAUGAAGAGGCGGGCUCAGCAAGAGCGGGAGAAGGCUGCCAACUACACUGCCUUGAGGAACCAGCAGGUUUUCCUUCAGAGGGAAAACGAUAUGGAAAUUUCUCGCUAUUAUGACUAUGCAAUGUAA